GAACGCCUACUACUUGAAAACAAAACAUUAAUUAUGUUUAAAUAAAAACAAUAUAAGUAAAUAAAUCCGCAAAAAAAUGGCCAAUUCUAAUGAUAAUCAAAAUAACCGAGAGAAAAAGAACUCAAAUUGUAUUGAGUUAACGAAACAGGAACAAAUGGCACCACGUUCCUUUAUCAGAGGAACAAGUGGUCAUUUGUUGCAGCAGCUAAAUGAGUUUAGGAAAAAUGAACAGUUUACUGAUGUCCGACUUUUAGGCAGUGAUGGUACACGCAUUUCAGCCCAUCGUAAUAUUCUAGCCGCUGCCAGUCCAUUCUUUAUGGCCAUGUUUAGCGGUCAUUUUCCUGAAAGUGAUCAAGCAGAAAUUGAAUUACCAGAAAUUGACACCCUCUGUUUACAAUUGGUUGUGGAAUUUAUUUAUACGGGAUUGUGUGAAAUCCACGAUGAGUAUGUACAACAAUUGCUGCAAACUGCUUCAUUUUUACAAUUGGAUCAUUUGUCGGAUAUGUGUGGUGAACAUAUGGGUGAAUUACUGGAUCCUGAGAAUUGUUUGGGUUUUAAACAUUUCGCCGAGAAACAGAAUAAUCAAUUUUUGCUCGAGAUGUCAAAGGAUUUUAUUAUAAUGCAUUUUCAGGAGGUGGUUCAGUGUGAGGAGUUUUAUGAAAUGUCGUAUGAGGAGUUGGUUCCCAUUCUCAGCAACAAUGAGCUUUUCAUGCACUCCGAUGAUACCAUACUCAAGGGCAUUGUACGCUGGGCCGAAUAUAAACCCGAGACACGUUUGGCAUAUCUGCCACAACUACUGCGCUUUAUACAUCCCAUGUGUGUGACGGCUGAAAUGACACGCUCUCUUAAAACAUUAAAUGAACAAGACGAUUGUCAACAGUGGCUAAGUGAGGUGGAACAUUAUGAGGGCAGUGCUGAGUGGCGUAUAUUUCUGGUGGACAAAAUGGGUCGAAGUCCUGAAACAUUUCGUUAUGAUUUGCAUACGGAAACGAUGUUGCCGCUAAAACCGCCGCCUAGAGCUGCUUUUGCCAUAAGUUUGGCGGCCCAUAAGAAUAUUCUCUAUAUGCAGGGUGGCAGCAUAGGACGUAGUACUAAAAAUUCUUAUUACUAUAAUAUUUAUCGAGAUCAAUGGUAUGAUUUGACACCACUGCUAAUGAGACGUUCUCAUCAUCGUUCUCUGGUUUCGAAUGAUUGUUUAUAUGCCAUAGGCGGCAACUCCUCGAGUGGUAUCACCAACACUGUGGAAUAUUUAAAUUUGGUCACGAAUAAAACCGAAUUCUGUAAACCCAUGCUGGUGCAACGCAGUUCCAUGGGUGCGGUUAUGCAUGACAAUAUGUUCUAUGUAAUGGGUGGAGAGGAAGAGGUUAGAAGUUGGAAUUGUGUUGAACGUUAUGAUCCCCGCAUUAAUGAAUGGCACACUUUGAGACCGAUGAAUGAUAUCAAAGGUUAUUGCUCGAGUGCGGUUAUAGGUUCGUCUAUCUAUUGUUGUGAAGGUCUGGGCAUGUGUAUGGAACGUUAUGAUAUACGUGCCAAUAAAUGGGAAAUUAUAGAUUUUGGUGAAGAACGUGAAUUCUAUGAAAUAUUUUCGGUAGACAAUCAGCUGUAUUGCACGUGUGGUGAAUUUAUUGCCCGUUAUGAUAUGGAGGAAAAUCGUUGGGUUGUUGUGCAUCGUUUCCCCUUUACUCGCGAUUGGGAUUAUGCUGUGGCGAUGCCUAUGGUUAAUUAUGAUAUUUAGGGUGUAAAAACUGGAAAAGGCCAAAACGAUUUUUAUUAAAAUUUUAUUUAUUAAGAACUAUUAGUGCGGAUUAAAGGGACUAAUUUUAAAGAAUAGAGACAUUUUUUUGAAAAUGUUUUAAUGGAACGAGGUUUCAAUAGAAUUGUUCCUUUAGAGGGAGAUUUCAUUUGCAAAAUUUUUCUACAGAGUUUUCUUUAGAAAAAAAUCAUAAACAUUGAGAGUUUUCUGAUAAAAAUUUCUUUAUGAUAAUUUCUCUAUAUAAAGUUUUUAUACCCACCAUCAAAAAAGAUGGAGGGUAUAUUGUUUUUUUCUAAAAGAAUUUCUCUAGAGAAAGACAGAUUACUUUAGGAAAGUUUUUUUUAAGGAGAUUUUUCUUAAGAAAAGUUUGCUUUAGAAAAGUUUUACUAAAGAGAGUUUUCUUUGUUUCUUUAAAGAGACUUUGCUGUAGAAAAUUUCCUCUUAAAAAAGUUUUCUUAAUAAAAGUUUCUUUAGAGAGAGAGUUUGUUUUAGAAAAGUUUUUGUAAAGAGAGUUUGCUUUAGAAAAGUUUCUCUGAAGACAGAUUUCUUUAGAAAAGUUUUACUAAAGGAAGUUUUCUUAAGAAAAAAGUUUACUUUAGAAAAGUUUUUCUAAAGAGACUUUGCUUUAGAAAAUUUUCUCUUAAAAGAGAGUUUGCUUUGGAGAAGUUUCUGUAAAGAGAGUUUGCUUUAUAAAAGUUUCUCUAAAGAGAGAUUUCUUUAGACGAGUUUUAUUAAAGAGUGUUUUCUUUAGAGAAGAGUUUACUUUAUAAAAGUCUCCGUAAAGAGACGUUUCUUUAGAAAAGUUUUUAAAUAUUUCAUAGAAAAGUUUCUCUAAAGAGUUUCUUUAAAUGGUUAAAUAGAGAUUUCUUUCGAAAAACUUUUCUUAAGAGAGUUUUCUUUAGAAAAGUUUCUCUAGAAAGAAAUUUUUGACUUUUUUAAAAGUUUCUCUAAUAAGUGUUUUCUUUCGAAAAGUUUUUCUGAAGUGAGUUUACGUUAGGACAUUUUCUCUAAAGAGAGAAAAGUGCUUUCUUAAGAAAAGUUUCUCUGGAGAGUUUCUUAAAUAAUAUUUUAUUUAAAAGUUUUUUUUAAGAGAAAGGGUUUCCUUAAACAAGUUUCUCUAGAGAGUUUUCUUUGGAAAAGUUUCUUCACAGAAAGUUCCUUUAGAGUUGGUUAUGUUGCGAUAAGUUUUUCUAGAGAAAAAGUUUUAAAAGUUCCUCUAAAGUUCGUUAUGUUGGGAUAAGUUUCUCAAGAGUAAGAAUUUCAUUUAGAAAAGUUUUUCAAGAAAAAGUCCUCUUUAUAAAAGAUUAUCUGCAGUGAGUUUUCUUUAGAAAGGUUUCUUGAUAUAAAGUUUUACUUAAAAAAACUCUAUACAAAGUUAAAUCUACUGAAAAAUUUUAUUAAAAUUAGUUAAAAUAGAUAUAUGACAAUAAUGACUAUUGUUUGUUUAACAAAUCAAUAAUCAUUAAUUAAUAAUUAAAAAUUCUUACUAAAUGUAAAACAUUUUACUAACUAUCUAAGUAUCAAUACUUAAUUGAAUUUAUUGUUUUAAUUUAAAAUAAAUAAAUUAGAAACAAUACAUACUCACGCCAUUUGUUUUAAUUUAAAGAAAAGAAAAUAUCCACCAAAUUUGCUUUUAAGCUCACCUUUUUAAACAGGUUUAUAUUCCGAAAUAUAAAUUAAAGAAAUAUAAAAUGGACGUGGCAGUGGGUGGAGUAAUUAUAACUAUGAAAUAGCUUUGAUUCCAAUCUUUAACUCGCCACAAGUUACUUUGUAAUAUCUCUAUUAGUUUAAAAGUUAUUCAUAAAAAUAUUGAAAUGACUUUUAGCUAUUUAAGGUAAAUUUUUGUCCUUAAAACUAAUUCGUAUUUCACCAAAUAUUUCCUUUAAAAUAAAAGCGAUUAAUUUGAAAUUUGGCAUAAAGGUAAAGCAUAAUAUUGCCUUUCCAUUAAAGAAAUUAAAAAGCAAUUAAGAUCUCCUAUUGCGGAGUUAUGCCUACUUUUAAUAUAAACCUCACAAUUUAACAUAGUGGGCGUGGCAUUGGGCGGUGACAAAUAGCUUCACAAAAUAGCCAAAUUUCCACUGUAUCCUACGACUUAAAAAUCAUAAUGAUAUGUGUACUAGUUUUAGAGUUAUAAGCUUUUAAAGAAAAGUAUGUUUAGGAUAUUUACCUACUAUCUAGUUCUGUUCACCUAUUAGUUGACAAUUAGAUAAAAAUUGGAUAAUUUUGUUUGCCAUUUUUUGGUGACUAAAAACAAUUUUCAGUUUUCUCGUAAUAUCUCGGCCAUUUGGGGAUCAAUUUCUUGCAAAUUUUGCCUGAAUGUAGAUAAGAAAAUUUUCUAUCAAAUAGAGAAACAAAAAACUGCCACGCCCCCAAAUUAAGGAGUUAUACGCCCCUAAAUAGAAACUACAUAAAUUUAAAGAAGUAGGCUUGACAAUGGGUUAAUAAUAUAAGCUAAUUAAAUAGCUUAUAUUCCAAUCUAGCACUAGACAGAAGUUUUAUAUGGAUAUCUAGUUUAGUUUCAAAGUUAUGCCACAAAAUGUUCAUAUGACUUAAGACAUUUUUGGAAAAUUUGCAGUUUAAGCAUGAAGGCGAGAAAGUGGGCGGAAAAUAUGUUUCCAUAAAGUAGUUAAGGGUCAGUAGACACAAGCUUUAUUUUAAUACCUAUUUUAGUUGAUAUUUUGGCUAAAAUAUUAAGUAAAAACUGAUUUACGUUUCAACAUUUUCAAAAAUAGCUAAAAGUGUUUUUAUGAUUUUUGUGAAUAACUUCUAAACUAAUAGAGAUAUUUCAAAGAAUGUUUGGUCUUGUUACAGAUUGGAAUCUUAGCUAUUUCAUAGUGGUAGUUUUGCCUCGUACAGCCACGCACAUUUACUUAAAUCUCUUUAGUUUGUUUUGAUUCGCGUAUAACUACCUUAAAAGAAGGCGUAUUACUUUUAAGGGUCUUAUAUUAUAUUUAUAUGACAAAAAAUUUUCUGUUUUUAAUCGAGAAAAAUUUUAGUGGAGUUGUUGUUGAAAUAACCGAAAUAUUCAUAAAAAACUAAGAUGUUCCUGAACAACAAAUGUUUCAAAAAUAGAUUUAUAUCAUUUUUACAUUUUGUGGCAUAACUUUGCAACAAAACUAAAUAUCAAUAUAAGACUUGUGUCUGGUGCUAGUUUGGAAUCUUAGCUAUUUCAUGAACAUAUAUUUUUUGCCCAUAGCCACGUCUAUUUGCAUAAAUUUGAGUAUUUCCAUUUUAACGGCUUAUAACUCCUUAAUAAGGGGGCGUGGCAGUUUUUAUGUUACAUCACUUGAUAGCAAAUAUUUUUCUCUAUAUUCAAGUAAAAUUUCAAAGAAAUUAAUCACCCUAUGGCUGAGAUAUUCAAUAAAAACUGAAAAGCAUUUUAAGCCUUAAAAAAAAUUUAAACAAAUUUAUCCAAUUUUUGUCUAUUUGUCGACUAAUAGGUGAACAGAACUAGAUAGUAGGUAAAUAUCCUAAACAUACUUUUCUUUAAAAGCUUAUAACUCUGAAACUAGUGCACAUAUCUCUAUGAUAAUAUCCUAAACAUACUUUUCUUUAAAAGCUUAUAACUCUGAAACUAGUGCACAUAUCUCUAUGAUAUUUAAGUCAUAUGAUAGAGUGGAAUAUCAGUCAUUUUGUGAAGAUAUUUUUUAACGCCCAUUGCCACGCACACUAUGUAAAAUUUCAUGGUUUGUGAUAAAAGUUCGAAUAUCUCGAAAUUUAAAGAACUUAUUUGACUUUUAAUCUCUUUAAUAGAAAGCCAAUAUUAUGCUUUAGUUAUAAGCAAAAUUUCAAAGGGUUUUCUUUUAUACUGGCGAAAAUAUUAAGUGAAAAUCGAUUUACAUUUAAGAUCACCCAUUUUCCGAAAAUAACUAAAAGUGUUUUUACAAUUUUUGUGAAUAACUUCUAAACUUAUAGAGAUAUUUUAAAGAAUGUUUUGUCUUGUUACAGAUCGGAAUCUUAGCUAUUUCAUAGUGGUAGUUUUGUCUUGUACAGCCACGCCCAUUUACUUAAAUUUCUUUAGUUUGCAUUAAGGGGCUUAUAACUUCUAUAAAAGAAGACAUAUUACUUUUAAGGGUCUUAUAUUAUAUAUAUAUGAUAAAAAUUUUUCUGUUUUUUAAUUGAGCCACAUUUUUGAGGAGUUGUUGUAGAAAUAACCGAAAUAUUCAUAAAAAACUAAGACGUUCUCGAACAACAAAUGUUUCAAAAAUAGAUUUAUAUCAUUUUUACAUUUUGUGACAUAACUUUGAAACUAAAUUAGAUAUCAAUAUAAAACUUAUGUCUAGUUUUAGAUUGGAAUCUUAGCUAUUUCGAGAACAUAUAUUUAACGCCUACAGCCACGCCUUUUUGCUUAAAUUUGUGUAUUUUGUCUUAAAAAAGAGUUUUCUUUAGUCAACUACGUCUCUAGAGAGUUUUCUUUAGAGAGUUUUACCUAGAAAGAGUUUUCUUUAGUAAGGUUUCUCUAGGGAGAGUUUUCUUUAGUAAGAUUUCUCUGGAGAGAGUUCUCUUUAAAAACUUAAAGUUUUAAUAGAUUACCUUUUAAUUUAAAACAAUUUUAAAGUAAUUUUGUGUAUUUUUUUGUUUGUUUAUUGAUUUGUGAUUAAACAACUAACAUUUUUUUCGAAAAGAUAAAGAUACAAAUAAUAAUAAUAAUAAUAUAAUAAUAGUAAUAAUAGUAUAAUAAUAAUUCAAGCAUACCUUUUUACAGAAAUAUAAAGUGUUUGUUAAUAAUAGUAAAUCUUAAUAAGGUUUUGUUAAAGUUAAAAUCAUCUUCAUCAUAAUAAUUAAUAACAUAAUAAUAAUAAAAAAAUAUU